AGUUCAUCGGCGGGAAGAGAAGCUAGAAACAGCAUUGAUAGCAUGUGAUUUUUUAUUCACUGUAUACGCUCGAUCUUCCUUAAUUUAAGCUUGGCAAAUCACCAAAAAAGUUGAAAUAUAGAGAGUUUUAUACUGUCUUUGUGGACGUGCAAGAUGAACCCCAGUCAAAGUGGUUUGAUUGUAUUUUCACUGAAUUCAAACAAAGAAUUGUCCGCGAAGAUCGCCAGGUAGGAUAUUAUUAAAUUCAUAUCUUAUGAUGGGCUUGUGGCUUUCACAACAUUUUUUGUUUCUUUAUCUAUCGCUUGUUUUAUCCACUUCAGAAAACUUGGAAUCGAGCUUGCUCCGUGCGAUGUUGGAAAAUUUCAGAAUCAAGGUGAGAGCAGUAGAAAGCUGAUAUUGACAGAUUGAUUUAAACAAACAUUUAUACUCUUUUUCUCAUGCCUGCUGAAACUCAACGAAGACAUCCUGGAAAAUAAUGUUGUUAUCAAGCGUAAGAGGGUGUAUGGUUGUUUGCAUUACAGUGGACAAAAAGUAUGGAUAAUCUGCCUCUGGGGUGACGGGCAGAGGGGGGGGGGGUGGUGGGGGUACUCCCUUAUAUAAGCCAUAAAGGUAUGUGCCGCCCCAACGGUAGGGUUUUUGCGCCUUUUUAGUUUGUAAACGGGUACAGAUUUUGCCCUUUUUGGUCUGGAAUCGUGCCCCGGGGGGGGGGGGUACUUCCUUAUAACAGGCUAAUGGGGAUGUGCGGCUGGAUGGGGUCACAUUUUCACGACUGGAUUGACUAUAAUGGGGUCGCACAUUUUCUGAUUUUGGGGGGUAAGACAGUUCUUCAUAUUUACGGUUAGCAAAUGUACCAGAAUGUUUGUUACGAAAAGUAAAGUGUUCUUCAUUCCAUCUAAAAAAAUGGGUCAAUUCAUAAAAAUAGAAAGUGACUAAGUUGGGAGCGUGAAAAUUACAUAUUUGCCCAAAAGUGAUUAAGAUGGGGUCUAUAAUUGGCCACAGAAUAGACUAUAAUGGGGUAGGGGCUCUGAGAGGCCAGCGUCACAUACCCAGCAAAAAUUAACUCAAGUACCCUCCCGGGAAUCGGGUAUGAUUUUUGAGGGAACUAAGGGGGUGUAUAAUUAUAAUAAUAAUAAUAAUAAUAAUAAUAAUAAUAAUAAUGAUCGUUUAUUCAACCUUUUUGCAGCAUAAACUGAAUUACAAGGCAGGUCAUUAAUUAUAUACAAAUACCUCGGAAUUAUGACACAUAAAUAUAACUGUUAAUGUUAAGACAUAUCACAUUUCGCUAUUUUAAACGUGAUUCUGGUAUUUGAUGGUGCAAAAAUUUCCAAAUCUGUUAGUUCUUGAGGAGGCAGGCACAGAAACAGAUUCUCCUGUUCUAAGGGCAUACGGUCUUGUGUGCACAACUCGUGGCACUAAGCUUCGUAGCAGGUUGGAAGAAGAGUAACUUCGCUUGAGAAAUGUUAUGCAUGCAUCCUCCCUCCUCUGGCACAGCAAAAUUAAGCCUGAUUUCUUAAGCGCGUCCUUAUAGCACAGAGAAGGAAAAUAAUUUUAGCGCCUCUUUGUAUUGAUUGAAUUUGAUCAGCCAUAUUGCAUGAGGCCAGCCUGGGCCGGACCGAUACCUAAAACAGACCUGAUGAUACUACAAUAGACAAGAAUAAGCUGCCUAUCAGUUAGUCCGCACUUCUUAAGGGCGUGUAUUGAAUAUAACCGCUUACUUCCUUUCUUCACAAUAUGAGUGACAUGCUCGUAUGAACGUAUUUACAUUUUUUGCAUCAUUUCAAUUUCCAAAUGAGUAAGAAAGAAAGAGAAAUAUGCAAACUCUAAAUUUCUUAUCCAUUUACAUUUGUACCCUGCAUACAUUUUAAUAAAAUAGCACAGAGAAGGAAAAAUAAUUUUUAGCGCCCUCUUUUGUAUUGAUUCAAUUUGAUCACUUAAGUAUUGCGUAAGGCCAGCCCAAGCGGGACUCGCAUACUCUAAAACAGACCUGAUGAUACUACAAUAGACAAGAAUAAGCUGCCUAUCAGUUAGUCUGCACUUCUUAAGGGCGCGUAUUGCAUAUAACCGCUUACUCCCUUUCUUUGCAAUAUGAGUGACAUGCUCGUAUGAAUGUAUUUACAUUUUUUGCAUCAUUUCAAUUUCCAAAUGAGUAAGAAAGAAAGAGAAAUAUGCAAACUCUAAAUUUCUUAUCCAUUUACAUUUGCACACUGCAUACAUUUGUGGUUUUAAGCUUUACUCAAGGGAAUGUACAUGUACCUUUUGUUUCAUCUCCACAGUAUGUCGUUUGCUCAAAUUUUCAAGGCCUACAGUAAAGUUUUGUGUUUGAACCUGCUGUCCCUUUGUGUUGCAUUUGUAGAAUUCUGGAGAAAAAAUAAAAAAUGCCCAGGUGGGGGUUUGGGGAGGGGCAUGCUUGGAAUUUAUUGAGCCAGUAGAGAAUAAGGUCAGUACUGGAAAUUAUCAGCAUUAUUGAGAUCUGUCAAUAAGGCCUUUUGGUAUAAACUGGCUGAUUUUCAGCUUGGAGAAAAUAUAGUGCAAAACACUGUUAUUGUUGCAGUUCCUUUAGGUAGGCUUUAAAAAUCACAGGCUAACAAAACACGACAACAAAACAUAUGGUGUAAUGGGGGGAACAUCGCUCCGUGAUCGGCAUGGUGGACAACUUCCAUAGUGUGACCAUAAAGCCCUACCUAUCUCCCUGGCUCUAAUUUAUGCAGGCCGAAUCGGACAAGUUCAGGUCCAAAAGAAACAAACUUAACACAGCAUAAUACUCAUGGCACUACAAGCUGAAACCUCCGACCAGCAUUGUGCAACUUAAUGGAACGGUGUAGGCAAAUGUUCUGUUCGAGGAACUUUAUCUUAUCAGCACUAUGAGCUGCCUCCACCGGCAUGUGCUGGAAUACAUUCAAAAUAAUAUAAAAGUUUGUGUUAAAAUCAAAGCUUGGGGAAGUCACUGUGAGACUUGAAGCGAAGGCGAAAGAAAGCGGUGAGCCCAUGUUUAUUGGGAACAACAACAAAGCCUCCAAAGGGAGGGAAGGGUGGGAAUUACAAAACUUUAGCAAUACAGCUCAGAAUGAGACACAGGACUUUUACUAGGCCUUUUAUGGUCCGAGUGCUAUCCCAGGGUAAGCCAAUGAAAAAUACUGUACUACUGAAUAGAAAGUGCACCCAAAGUGCUCCAUGAAAUAUGCAUGAGGAAAAUUAUUUUUACUAACCUUACAAAACAAGUAAUACAUUAGAAACUAGCCCCAACUGCAAAAAAAACAAGGAUUGCUAUUGUAUCAGUAAUUUCCCAGCUAUGAAAGUGAUUUUAUGUACUAUCCGUACUUUUACCCACUACGAGUAAAAUUCUACAAGAUUUGAUAAAGGCUAUAGCCUAACGCUAUAUUACAUGUUGGUUAUUGAGGGCAUCACACUCAAUUAACUGCGUUUUACAAUUGAGUUGUAAAACUUUCUUAAAUACAGGGAGAGUCAAGAUUUUGAAGGGUUCGUCCAUGGCAGAUAAAAAGGUUGAUUUUGUGUGAAACACAUUCACAGUCUUAAUAAUUUGCUCUGCUCCCUUACCAUUUAGAAACCAAAGUGAAGGUGGGAAUAUCAGUGCGAGGCAAGGAUGUCUACAUAAUACAGUCAGGUCUUGGGUAAGGAAUUUGGUUGAUUGAUUGAUUGACUGAUUGAUUGAGAUUGAUUGAAAGUAAUUCUCUGUGCUUGUUGUUGUUGGGUCUUAAUAUUUUUGGAGGUGUACAUGAAUGCACAUGUAAAACAAAAGGCAAACACUAAACAAAUACAUAUAGAUUCUAUUAUGUUUGCAAUAAAUUUAUGCAGGUUCAAUCAUGCAGCUCUUGAUCAUAGGUGAUGAUGAGUUGAUCACUGAUGUUCUGAUGAGGGAGGAGCUUGGCCAGCAGCUAGUGGUGUGGUGAUCAUCGAUUAUAAUCGAUCAUAGAUCAAAAAUCUUUAAGCGAUGCAACAAUCGAUUAUGGAUGAUGACAAUCAAUUAUCGCGGACAAAUGAAAAAAACUUUUUAGGACAAAUAAAAUCAUUUAUGCUUCAAUCUACCCACAAUAUGGCAAACCUUAAUCAGAAUGAAAUAUGAGCUGUGCUCUGUUCGAAAAGGCAAUACAAACAACAUGAUGGAGAAAAAUGGCUAUGUGAAAUUUUGCACAUAGCUGGUUUAUUAAACUCUGAAAAUCCAAUACAAAUACAAACUCAAACUUUCAAAAACAUGGCUUUCACAAAGCAAAGAUGAGGGCAAUCAAUCACCUGAAAAAUACAAACCAUAGAACAAGGAAGAGGCAGGACUGUGGAGGAGGCGGGCUGAUGAAACAGUUUUGUGUGUCAAUGAGAUCACGAAUGCAAGAUCCAUUAUAUGACUAUCAAUAAAUACGACAUUGGCCUAAAAAGAUUUAUCUUGAAUUCAAAAUUCAAAUCAGUACCCCUCGAUUCCAUGUUCCAGCUCCUCUUCCACAUUAUCAUAAAUCCACUGUGAAACCAAAUUGUUGACAGAAUUUAAUUAGAAGAUGUAAAUAAUAUAUACAAAAAAUUGCAGAAGUUUGAAGCACAUUUAAUGGACUGUAAACAACCGCUCACCGUGGUAUCACCUUUUCCACCUGGCUACAUUUUAGCAGCCAAAUCCUUUAUAAAACACGUCACCCAACAGGCGAGGUUUUUCAUUUUUUAUUUUGUUCACAUUUUAUAGGGCGUAUUUCAUACGGAAAAACUUACCUUGAUGGUUCUCUUAGAAAUUGUCAAAAUUAGUAGCUGGCCGUAAAAUACAUGUACAUUUUUAGAUCUACUUACUGCGAUCAGAAAGGUUACAAGAGUAGAUAAAAGCAAAACAGAUAUAAAGAGCUUGUGAUCAUUGAAGUGAAACUCAUAUUGGCUCCCAGGGUCCUCUCCUUGUUGUCUCUUUUUCUUGUUAUCCACAACAAACCUGGUGGCUGAGUUUUUUAUCAAUAGAUUUUUAUCUAUAGAUUUUCUUAUUAUAAUCACUAGAAACAAUGGGUGUUCACUAAAUAAAUUAGAAUUUGGAUGGAGAAGGUUUGCCUUUCAAGGGGCUCUAGUUUAUAUAUAAUACUUUACCUCGGCAUUUAAGAAAUUUAAAUUCUAUGUUUCUUUUUAAGAGUAAUUUAAAACAAUUUUUUCAAUAGUAUUCCAUAAUUCACAACUCUUUUCAGUCUUGUAAGUCGAUGAUUUUCAUUUUUAAAUCUUAGAUUUCUUAGUGUUAUUUUAUUUUAUUUUCCUUUUUUGGUUUUAUUUUUAUUUUUUAGCUAUUUAUGAGAUAAUUACAGGACCCUUUUGAUAACAGUUCUUUUUAUAGGAAUUGAUAGGUUAUCCUAUCCUAUAAAUAUUCGCAUUAUUAUUAUUAUUAUUAUUAUUAUUAUUAAUCGAUGAUCAGUCGGUUGGGUCAAUCCGAUUAUUUCCAAUGAUCGAUGAUAAAAUCUCAGGUGAUUCCCAUCAUUACCAGCAGCUCACCUACUCCUUUACUCCUUUAUGUACUUCUGACAAGUUACUUAUCUCGGUUUUUUUUCCAUUCAGGGAAAAUCUUAAUGUUAAUGAUGCUUUGAUGGAGUUGUUUAUUUUGGCUUACGCUUGCAAAACAGCCUGUGGCAGGAGAAUCAUUGGUAUGUACAUGUACUUUUGUAUUGUAAGCUGUCAAGUCAUAUAAGUCUAAAUACAAUGUUAAUACUUGUUUAUAAUUUAAUUAAACAAACUGUUGGAGGCUAUCAUAAUUUAAACAGCCAGUCCAUCCUGAUCCACCUUGAUUUUGUUUUCUUCUAAUGGUGAAAAAAUUCCCAUUUUAUCUCUUACAAAUCAAAUUUGAUUUCAGGUUAAUUUUGAUUUAACCCACUAGGUUGGUUGAGAGUUUCCUUUGUAUCCUAGCCAUAGGAGACAAAAGGAAUAUUGGUAAAAUUUGACCUGUAGCAGAUACAUUAUUUUAAUGUCUUACCACUUUUUUAUUUUUGAUUUUUCACAUUUUACAUAUUUGGAUUGAGUUUGUUGUUGGUUCUCUCCUUUGCUGUGAGAGGUUUUCCUUGAGUUACUCCACUUUUCCCCUCUCCUCAAAAACCAACAUUUCCAAAUUGCAAUUCAACCAGGAAUCAGGUAGACGAAGAACCACUUUGUGGAUGUGCUACCUCCAAAUCAUUGUUAUUAUGUGUCACCAUUUUUAAUAGUCCAGUUUUGAAUUAAUAUUAACGCUGAAUACAAACAUUAAUGACACAUUCAUACAGGGUUAGCCUCGACAUAAAGUAAAAUAUUCAGAAAUUCCGGCAUGUAAGUGUUUGAAAUUUGAAUAUACACAAUAGACAGAGUACUAAACAGGUCUUGUUCUCGUUGGAAUUUGUGAGUAUAUAUUAUAUUUCUUCAGAUGGAGGCUAAGCCUGUAAAAAAUGCGUUUUGUAGCAAGACAUUUAUCAAAGUUUUUCAAUAAAAUUGUGACAGAAAUGUUGUCUUGAAACCUAAAGUACAGUUCACAACAAAGUUUAAUUUGCCUGAAUGAAAUUAAUUUAUUCUCAUUAUUUCAUUUCUUCUUAUUUUUUUUUAACUUUGUCAAUAAAGGGCUAAAAGUGGGUUCAGUGGUGACUAUGAAAGAAAACACACUGAAAGCUUGACCAGAUCAGUGUUAUUUCUGUUUCUUUCACCUAUAACCAGGUUUUCCAAUUUCCCAUUACUUUUUACUGGUUUAAUAAUGUGAUUUCCUGCAGGUGUGAUUCCAUACUUGCCUUACUCCAAGCAAAGUAAAAUGAACAAAAGAGGUUCCAUUCCUUCUAAACUGGUCGCAUCUCUUAUGUGCAGAGCAGGUAUGGUAUUACAUGCAAUCCUAACUUGGGUCAUACACUAUGGGUUGUUACCUUUUGUAAGGGCACAUUGUAUGAGUCCUGUCUUGAAGUCUAGCUCUGUCUCUUCCUCAUUGUUGUUGUUUUUUGCUAGGUUACUGGUCACUAAAUUUGGAGCCUCUGUUUUGGCAUCAUAAAUUUAAUAUGGAUGUGAAAGUCAUUAUGACAAUGAGAUUUAGUGAAUUACAGCUAGUGUGUUGUAAAUAGAUCACAGUGAUAUGUCAUAAUCAUAAUUUUACUGUAUUAAAAAAAUAAGUAAUGGUAACAGGACUGAGUGGAGUGCAAUUCGGUCUGUAAUCAUACGAGUGAUUAACAAAAUCGGACGACCGCGUAGCGGGAGUCUGAUUUGUUUAAUCACGAGUAUGAUUACAGACCGAAUUGGACGACACGAAGUUCUGUUACCAAUUAAUCAUAACUUUAACAACAUUUGUGAUAUAUGAGGCUCUUUUUUUAAUCAAAGGACAAGAAAUUCCGAGUUUUUUUUUUGCUAGCAGUGAAACAAAAAAAGCCAUUUAAGCGCGCGUGAUGGCGCAUACUGUCCAAUUACUUAGGCAUGACGUGUACUGUCCUAUUUAACUGUCCUAUUAAGGCUGAAAUCAGGGCAGUUGAUAGCCAAUCAGACUUAAGAAUUUUGUUAUAGUUAUGAUUAAAACUGAAAUAUGAAUAUGUGAUCUUUGGAACUUCUAUAAAACAUGAAGGUCAAAGUUCUAACUUGUUUAUCUUUUUGUAAGUAUUUCGGCAUAUACCUAGACCAGUCCUUGUCAUUUAAGGAACUUGUUACUUGGCUGAAUAACAAGAUAUGUAGUCAACUAAGUUUGUUAAGUAGGAUAUGUUACUAAUAACUUAACGGUCUAUGCAGCUGAAAGAGUCUUAACAACCAUGAUACUUCCCAAGUUAGAUUAUUGCGAUUUUUUUUUUGGAAAAACUUAGCUCCUUCUAGAUAUAAAUCUUUAGAAUGACUUCAAACAAAGGCCGCAAGAAUUGUUCUGAAGGAUAGCAAUUUUAGUCACCAUCAACUGUUAUGCCAAUUAAGUUGGAAGUCCCUUAAGGCGUGUUUUACUACAUAUUGGACAAUUUAACUUUUGUUUUUAAGUGUCUCUGGACAUAACUUUGCUCCAGAUCUUUUUAAGAGUUAUUUUAUCAAGUCUUCACAUAUUUAUUCCACUACGCUUAAUGGUUUAGAUAUUUUAAUUCCUGAAGUCCGUACAGAAUCUGCCAAGAAAGGUACAUUUUAUACUGGAGCCCAGGAUUUCAAUAACUUGCCACCACAUCUAAAGCAAGUUGACUCUACAGUGAUGUUUAAAAACUGGCUUAAUGAUAUUAUUUUUCUUAACGUUCUGGUAAAUCUUUUAGAGUAUUUUAGAGUCUUAAUUAACGUGGUUAUAUAAUAUUCUUGUGUUUAUCCAUUGACAUUGUACAUAGUUUUUACCUUUUUCUGAUAGUUGAUUCUGUUAUUGUUAUUUUUUCUUUUAACUGUUCAUUUUUUAGUUACCCAGGGAUCCAUUUAUAACAGCUUCAGCUGACGGGUUUACCCUGGUUAAAUAUGUUAUUAUUAUUAUUUAAAUAUUACCGUAUUUCUUCACCUAUAAGCCGAGCGAUUUUUUCAGUUUUCAACCCAAAAUUUUGGGAGAUUUUUCACGAAGAACGGGGUUCGGCUUGUAGCCGAGGGUUUUAGAUUUUAAAAAUAUACAGUUGCUGAAUAACUUUACCCCCCGGCUUGUCGUCAAGUUAGCAAUGAAGCAGAAGUAAUAAAACACAACAAAAAUAACUUCUGAAUAUUGGUUAGUCACUUUUAUGAAAUUGGUGCAAUGACGAAGCGGUGAAACCGCACAACAUUCUCUUCGAGGUCGGCGGGCAAUCGCUGGGCCAGAGUUGUUUUCGUUUGCAUGCUGACCGAGUGACGUCGUUUCCAUUUCUCAUACCAUCCACGGGAAGCUUUGAAAGAAGGAUCAUCAGUGAGCUCUUUAGCUUUAAGGCGAAGCAUCAAUCCACUCACAGCAAUACCUACGAAAAAUAAAAUAACAAUCUUAUUUUGAUGCGAGAUAACCGUAGAUUCGUGACUGCAGCACUCUUUUCGUGACAUGUUAUGAACUUGUCAUGACAACAACACAUUUCUGGCCAAUCAAAGUCUCUGUUUCCCACGCACUGAAAGACGAUAUCAUUCAACUCUACAAAAACUCUUACACGUUCCGAUAAACAAAGUAAAUACCAACCUUGUUCUCUUUGCUGUGAAAACCACCCCAUCACUUGCUGGUCUAGUUCGCGAUAUUUCGGAGUGAAACGGCCCAUCGUCGCACGUUUUGCAGACAUCUUCAGCUCACCAGAAAGAAUAGUCGCCUGGUUUCUUCUCCAGGGUCGUACCAUGGACUCUUAGUCCAUAUUCUCGAGCGAUUUCCGAGUUGUUUUCUACCACUUCAGCUUCCGCGAUAACUUUUAUCUUGAAAGCCAUACUAUACGUGGAACGGCGUGCUUUAGGCAUGAUGAUAAAGUAACGGCGACGAAAGGGAUACUCGAUCGAUUGAUACUUUGAAACGUUUAACUGAGAUUGUUGUUGUGGUUGAUCUGUUGUCUCUUCAUUGGUUCGCUUUUUUUCUUUUGUGUUUAUUGUAAUUCAUUACGUUUUGUGUUCAGUGAGUCAAUUUCUUAUGUUUUCUGUGAGGUUCGCUUGCUCAAAUGGCCAGUUACAAUCAAUAAUUUCGCUCUCGGCUUAUAGCCGAUGGUUUUACUUUUUUUUUUGGGCAGCCUGAGUCUAGUGGAAAGACCCUGACUUUCAGGGUCUCGGCUUAUAGCCGAGAUCGGCUUAUAGGUGAAGAAAUACGGUAUUAUUACUUGUAUUAUUAUUAUUAUUAUUAUUAUUGUUAAACCCUUAUUCCUGUUGUUGUUUCUCUCUCUCUGAUCAGUUGUUAAGUAUAGAAUUUCAAUCUGUCAUAAUCAUAAAAUAAUCACUACAAUAUUUAUUUAACUCUCAUACCUGGUCUUGUGUUCAUUAUCGUUCAGUGUAGAAUCUGUGAUAAAGUUUUGCUUACAGAGAAGAGUUACUUAAGAUUUAUGGUUCCCCCUUUGUCAACAUUUUGUGUUGGCCUCUGACUUGAUGACCAUAAUAUUUUGCCUUCUCUCUAUAGGUCUGACAGGCAUCAUAACAGUUGAUCUUCAUUCAAAGGAAAUUCAGGGAUUUUAUGAUGCACCAGUUGAUAAUUUAAGAGCUUCACCUUUCCUUGUACAGUACAUUGCAGAUAAGGUACAUGUAGCUGUCAUGUUAUCAUGGAUUAUAUUUUACUUCAUUAUUGUUGUGACUUCCUAACAUUGUUAUACAUGUUCAUUUGUACUGUACAGUGGAAUAUAAGAUCUUGAUGAUUGUUGGAGAUUAAUAAUUUGCUAUUAUGUACACUGUAUUAGUGAAGGCAAAAAGAGCAAACAUCUUUUAAUUGAGUAAGUUAACAUAAUCAUACCAUUCAAAGUGCAUUUUUAUCUUAGUUUAUAUUGCAAUAAAAAUAUACAUUAAUUUUAAAAAAUCUUAAGGGAUUUGUUUGUUUGUUUAUCUGUUGUUGCAGUUGUAAUCACUGGGUUUUUGUUGUCAAAAUCCCAGUUGUACGCUUAAGCUGUUGUAGUAUUUUUCAGUGGAAGUUUUAUUUGUUUUCGUAAAUCUGUAGCCUACCUAAGAAAAUGAUGAAUUUAUAUGACUAUUUGAUUAGGUCGCUGACUUCAGAAAUGCAGUUAUUGUUGCUAGGAAUCCAGGGUCAGCUAUAAGGUAAGAAGGGGGAACCAUGUUGAAACAAACAAACAAAACAACAACUUUAUCCUUGUCAAACUACUUAACCCUCAUCUAAACAAUGUGAAGCUCUAGCCAUUUUUACAAGGCAAAAGCAGUAUAUGUAUCUUCUUCCACAGAUUUUUUGACACCCAUCAUUGAGUAUUAGUCUAGCUCUGGGAUCAAACCCAUGAUCUCCUGCACCGUAGGUCUGUACUCACCAGAUGAGCUAAUGCAACCCUGUCUAAAGUGGGUUUCAGUAUUAAAUAGUAAUGACAAUGAGUAAAAUUGUAUUGUACAUCCAAGCAAUGCCUUUUGAAUUUGUUGUCAUGUAAAAGUUGCACGGCUAGGAGAUCUGAAACAGUCAAACAUUGUUUUCAUUUACUCAUGGCUGUUUCUCAGACGGUCUCCCAGUAGCCUGAGGCACCCAAGAAGUAUUGUUUUACUUGUGUAAUACAAAAUAUAUAAAAUCAAUGACAAAGUUUUGAUGUGAUUAAAAUUAAUUCACCUGAAUAUAAAUAACUUCUUAUUUAAAGACAAAUGACUGUAUUUCUGACAAUCGUUUUGUCCAUUGCAGGGCUACUUCUUUUGCAGAACGUUUGCGUCUUGGAUUGGCUGUUAUCCAUGGAGAACAAAAGGAGACUGAAAGCGAGCGUCUUGAUGGGCGUCAGUCACCUCCUCCAGCCUUAGCUGAGUCGCGACGGUUUGCAUAUAGUUUAACUGAUACAAUGGAUUUACCAGGUAAUGAUAACUAUUAUAAGCCUUAUGUGUAGCUCAGACAAGCAACAUACAGGUGUAUGAUUGAUUUAUAGGGAAAGGAGUAUUGUCUGACCAUUCAGAUAACAAGGUUCAGGCUCCAUGGAGCUACUCCUCUAAUGUUUCAGUUGAGACAUGUUAGUAACAGAAUCAACCCGUUUCAGGCUAUAAUAUGGCCUGACUGAUAAUGUGUUCCCAUCUGACAGGUGUUUCUGGUUUACAGGUCAUUGCAUCAUAAUUAACAUGAUGCAGUGACCUGUGUUUCUUUCUUCUUCACUUGAAGGAAAAUUAGCCCAUCUGUACAAUGGCAAUUACCUGCUGCUGUUUUGUAACCAUAAAAUAGGAGUGGGAAGAUCUGGGAUCUUUUUGGGUUUUGUUUUUUGCCCCUUUUUUGAUUUUCCCUGUCACUUUAACUUGAGAUUAUCCCCAGGGGUUUCUUCCCUAUAAAAAUGGUAGGGAUACUUGCCGGCAACUUCCAAGCACACCCCUACAAGAUACAAGAACCCUGUUUUGUGGGCAUGAAUCAAAUCCAUUUUUACCUCUAAAAGUUACUUAAAAACUAGUUGAGCAAUGACAUUAAUAGUUGUCAUCAUUUUUGGCUUCUGAUGGCAUUCAUUUUAGUUGAAAGCAACCUAAGCAGUACCAAUCCACAAUAUUUUAAAGGGUAGUUUCUUGGUAUUGCAGAUGGGUGUAAUCACCAAAUGACGUAAUAGAAAAGAUUGAAAAGACACUGAAAAAUACCCACACCACAACACAAAAGCAAACCAACAAUCUUUCUGCAGCACCAACAAACACCCUUAUUAUUAAGGUAUUACAAGCUCCGAGUGUGUAUAAUAUGCGAGCCAGCGAGCCAGCGAGUCAACAUGUGAGUCAACAUGCGAGCCAUGCGAGUCAUGCGAGUCAGCAUAAAAUAACUUUGUUUUUAACGUAAACUACUAAGUAACGUAUCUAUUCCAAAGGCAGGUCCUUUAAAAUUCAGCUUCAGAAAAAUUCGCCAACAUACAAAUUGAACGAGGUGAAACAAUAACAAAGGUUUGAGAAUGCGUUAAACAAAGGCUUAAAGGUUCUUCCUCGGUCACGUUUAAUGAGUCACACCAUAUGUGGUAAGCCACGUGACCAGAACAUAAAAAACACUCUUUAAAACCCAAACGUCUUGCGUCUUUCAUAAUAAAACCAAUGCCAAUGGCUUAAGAAUAUCGCGAUAAAAAAUCUGACUUACUAACGUUCCUUCUCAAAAUUCACAGUUAUUGAAAAAGCUAUGAUGUCAUUGAGGGGUAUUUUCGUUAGCGAGUCAACAUUUUACGAGUUUAUUCCUUGCGAUUUACUUAAGAUGUUUCUUUUCUUCAAGUUUAUACACUCGAUAAAAUUGCGGGCAACAUGACUCAUGACUUCGGGCGAGAUGACUUUCGGGCGACUUGACCAGUUACCUUUUCAUACAUUUUCUUUAAAAGACUUUCUUGCUGUCGUCUGAACGCUAAUUUCAUGCUACAAAUGUUAAAAAAGUUAAAUUGCUUAUGAUUCACCAAAAAAUGGAUUCUCUUUUCUUCGAACUUCUGUCUCGCAUGGCUCACAUGAUGACUCGCAUGACUCACUGGCUCGACUCGCAUGACUCGCUGGCUCGCUGGCUCGCAGUUUGUCAAGACCCACAAGCUCCCCUGUGCUGUCCCGCCCACCCCACCCUUUUCAGCCCACCUUUUUAUUCGCAGUGAGUUGCCUACAGUUCUACAUGUAAGUACCUAAACAUUAUCCUUAUUAAUUCUGCACUGUAUUAUAAUUCUUUUGAAUUUACUCCUUUUGCAGGUUUUCUUCCUAAAGCUAAACCGCCCAUUAAUGUUGUGGGUGACGUUGCAGGAAAGAUUGCCAUUAUUAUUGUAAGUUUUUAAUCAGGUGACCUGAACAGAACUCUUGGUCCCAUUGAUUGAUGAGCCAGAACGGUUUUUCAUUAAAUCAGUUUUUACUAAUUAUGAUAUUUAACAAAAUGAUAGUUCUGGUCCAUUGUGCUUUCUACUUCCGUUAGCCUUUUUAAACCCACGAACAUUUUUUUACAGUGCUACUUUGAUAUGAAUAUUUUUACGGUUCAGAUUUUAUAUACCAUGCACUUCGAUCUGCUAUAGUAAAGUGCAGGUUUCUCAGAAAUGAAAAGUGUUGUUGACAAUGUUGUUUUGGGAUGUGAGUGGUAGUUGUCAAUUCUGAUUUCCUUGUUUAAAUUCUUGUCCACAGGAUGAUAUGAUAGAUGAAGCAGAAUCAUUUGUAUCUGCGGCCAAACUCCUCAAGGAUCGGGGUGCUUACAAGAUUCUAGUGAUGGUAACACAUGGCCUCUUAUCGGCUGAUGCUCCAGAACUAAUUGAAGAAUCUGUCAUUGAUGAGGUGUGAUAUACUUCUAGUGUUUCUUACCAUUUUAAAUAUCCCCAGCUCCAAUCUCUUAAAUCUAAUAAUCUGUGUUAGUUGGACUAAACAUGUGUUCCCUAGAAAUGGUGCUAAUCUAUUUGUGUCCAGCGCAUUGUGUUGUCACAGUGAAGUAUGUUUACUUCUUCAGUUUAAGAAAAGCUUGAGUUGUUUUUAUGAAAACCAAGAGAAUUACCGAAUCUAUUGCACUCAGCCAGAUCCUGUCCCUCGAAAAAGUUUAUAGGCUCUCUAUAUCCCCAUCCUUGCCAACUUGCACCCCCUAACCUGCGGAAACGCUUACUUUUGCAAGUUCGGGGAAAUUUUGGCGGCGGAGCUGCUAGCGCUCGCGCUCGAAGUCAUCCUUCGUGGGGCGAGAAAAAGUGACUGAUCACAGGCUAUGCACCUCCUAUCUCCCUACGUAGUGCAUAGCCCGUCCUUCAACAUGAGUAAACGCUGAGAAGAACACAGGAGUUAUGUCUAUUCUUUGAAUAUUCCUGUCAGGUUGUAGUUACCAACACUGUGUCUCACGACUCUAAGAUGUCACGGUGCAGUAAGAUCAGGACUGUGGAUAUCAGCUCACUAUUAGCUGAAGCCAUUCGCAGAAUUCACAAUGGCGAAUCAAUGGGAUACCUCUUUAGAAAUGUUCCAUUAGAGGAUUAAAUUAGCUAGCAGUGCAUCGUUAUGCAGACGUCUGUCCUGGGUAUCAGGCGGUUGAGGCUGAAUAUGCUUGGAGUGUAAGUUUUAUAUUCACAAGCCUCUCGCAUGUUUCUUUUCAAAACCUCACUUUGUUUCUUUUAAUCAAGUUAGCACUGAUUAACGUCUUACGAAGGGUAAGUUGCCAGGAGCUCAGUGUAUAGAAGGACAGAAAGUAAAGAAAAAUUGCAGCAUUCGUAUGCCAUAAAUUUAUGUAAGUUCUGGAAACGAAAAUUGUAUACUUUUGGAGACUAUUAUGAAAACUUAUAUCUAACACAACACUCAUUACCGCGCGUGACAUGUACUAUAUGUUGAUUCUUGUACUUCCUGAAAAGAGAG